CCUGAACCCUUUACACAAAUUAGCCAAAAUCUUUGAGAGAGAAAAAGUAAAAAAAAUAUCAAUAGUAGCCCUUUUUCUUUUAAAAAAAUGGCUCUUGAAACUGUUGUUUUCCAACCAGAUCCUUUCAAUUAUAGCCUCAAAGAUUGUAAUUUUUACAAUCUUGAAAAUUUUCAUGAUUAUGGUAAUUUUGGCUAUGAGGGGUAUAAUAAUUGGGAUUCCUCUAAUUCUUCCGUACCACAAAGUUGCAACAAUAACAACAAUAAUAAUUCUUCGCCGGUGAAAUAUUUUCCGGCGGAGAGUACGGUGAUUUCGGGGAGGAGAAAAAGGCGGCGGACAAAAUGCGCAAAAAAUGAGGAACAAAUACAGAAUCAAAGGAUGACUCACAUUGCCGUCGAGAGAAAUCGUCGACGGCAAAUGAACGAUUAUCUCGCCGUUCUCCGGUCGUUGAUGCCGCCGUCUUAUGCUCAACGGGGUGACCAAGCAUCAAUUGUUGGAGGUGCAAUUAAUUUUGUUAAAGAACUUGAACAACUCCUCCAAUUUUUGGAAGCACAUAAACAAGUCACAAAAAAUCAACAACGUGAUAUUCAGUAUAAUUCGUUCUCUAAGUUCUUUACUUUCCCUCAAUACUCCAUUGAUAACAAUCACCCGUUGGCGGCCGCCACCAGCACCGAGGGAUCAAUGACGUCAUCACGAUCGGCGGCCGCGGACAUUGAGGUGACCAUGGUGGAAAGUCAUGCUAAUGUUAAGGUGUUAUCAAGGAAAAGACCAAAACAAUUGUUGAAAAUUGUUAAUUGGUUACAAGCAAUGUACCUUACUAUUCUUCACCUUAGUGUUACAACAGCGGAUCAUAUGGUACUUUACACAUUUAGUGUCAAGGUAGAAGAAAAUUGUGAGCUAAAUACAGUGAGUGAGAUAGCAAGUGCUGUACAUGACAUGGUGGCAAUGAUUAAGGAGGAGGCUAUGUCUUGUUGAGAUGACCUGUCUCUUCUCUUCUUGUCCCCCCUCCCCCCCAACCCCCAAAUUCAAGAAACUG